AUGGCUGAUGAACCACGACGCUCCGGUCGCUCGACGAAAGGUCAGCACAAGAACCUCGACAUGGUUACCGACAGUCCGGCGAAGAAGUCCAAGUCCAAGGCACAACCGAAGGAGAAGCCUCCGAAACCCUCCGCCGAACCAACGCCGGCUCCUAGCGAAGAAGAAGAGAUUAUCAGAUGCAUUUGUGGGGAGUACGAAGAAGAGGAAGAUGUAGAGCGGGACAUGAUCUGUUGUGACCAGUGUUCCGCCUGGCAGCAUAACGAUUGCAUGGGUCUCACGUUUGCCAAAGGAGAGGAGCCGGACGAGUAUUUCUGCGAAUUAUGCAAACCAGAGAACCAUAAAGUCCUUUUGGAUAAGAUUGCGCGCGGCGAAAAGCCAUGGGAGGAGGUUGCCGAGAGGAGACGCAAGGAAGUCGAAGAGAAGAAAGCGUCACGUCGCCGAAAGGGCAGAAAAGGCGGGAGACGAGGCAAGCCCAGCGAAGCGAAGACAGAUACAGCUACGCCUACUCGUGCGGCUGCCUCAACAACCCCGGCUCCUGCUGCUCCUGUCCCUGCUACUCCUACUCCUACUCCUGCUGCUGCUCCUGCUGCUCCAGCCGUCACGCCGGUCCCGGAAAAGAACGGUGAACUGACCAGCGCGCCCACCACCAGUUCUCAGAAACGCAAGUUUGACGAGAAUCACGAAGCCCCAACCCCCGGAUCUGCUCCAAAGCCGAAACAACAGAAAGUCUCACCACCCAUAACUACAACGACAAUCCAAAACACGAAACCAGUCCCAGCAAAGGAUGAAGCUAACGAACAGACUUCACGCCGAAGCUCGGGAGCAACAACAAACGCGAAGACUGAGAAAUUGGGCACAGUGGAAGAAAUCUCCAACCCGGCACGGAGGAGUGCUGCCAGUGCUCUGGUCAGGCUCUUUGAAGGACAGAUUUCUGGGGCUCGGAAGCAAGGAACUUUCAAAGUGCCCGAUGGGAAAACCGCGGAGGAAAUUGCACGGCCACUCGCUCUCUCUAUCGAGAAUGCAAUGUACCAGAAUAUCUGCGGGGGAUCUGGGGAGCCGACGGAGGCGUAUAGAUCACAGUUGCGGACGAUAUUGUUCAACGUAAAGAAGAACGCUUCUCUACGAGAUCGUCUGCUCGUAGGUAGUUUACAACCGGAUGAUCUUUCUAAAAUGAGCUCCCAAGAUAUGGCAAGUGAGGAACUACAGCAGAGAGACGCGGAGAUCAAGCGGGAAGCCGAAAGGCAGCAUAUCAUCGUACAGGAUCAAGGGCCGCGGAUUAGACGAACCCACAAGGGCGAGGAGUUCAUCGAAGACGAGAACCAGAACGUGGCCAGCGAGCCGGUUUUCUCCAGCGCUCCAGCGCGUCGCAAUAUGGCCGACAUGGAUGGCAGCCCAUCAGGCCAGAGUCCGAUGAGCCCCAAAAACCAGCAAGAGACCGAGAUUGAUGGAGUUCGAAAACCAGGAAAACCCCUUCCAGCGGAUUCGAAGUCGACGCACGACGAACAUUUCCCCCAGAGAGGCCACUCUCCUGGAGGCACCAGCCAUGAGCAGGUGUUCCCAGAAAUGGCCACGCAUAUCCGCGAGCCACUGCCCACUGGCAAGGUCCAGGCCGAUGCAGAAAUCGACCAGCUCCUGAGGGACGACGAGCCUGAAUCUCCCCCUUAUUCGCCUAAGGAGUACCAUGACGAGGCCAGCAUCUGGCGUGGCAAGGUGGUCAUGAACCCGAUUGCCGAAUUCUCGUCCUCUGCAAAGCAUAUUGGUGGAGCCGACUUGAGCGGCAGGAUACCAUGGAGCCAGCUGGUUCCUUCGACGUUGGUGAUUGACGGACGGAUCGAUAUCCAGCUGGCCAGCAACUAUCUCUGCGGUCUUCGGUUCAGCUCCUCCACCGAUGUGACGGUCAUCUCCAUCAGCUGCCCAGAUUCACCGAGAGAGCGCGCUGGGUUUGACAAGCUCUUCAACUAUUUCCAAGAUCGCAAGAGAUACGGCGUGGUCGGGAAACACCCAUUGCCGGCGGUCAAAGACACAUAUCUCAUUCCCAUUGAGGCGCAGUCCACCAAAAAACCGGAGUUUAUCGAGCUCUUGGAGAAUAACUCCCUUGAGGAUCCCACCCCAGAACGUGUUCUUCUUGUGGUCUUUGCGGUCAAGACGGGCGAUUCCAACCCUCCAUCCGUACAGCCUCCGUCGCAUCAUCCCAGCCAGGAGCCUGCAAGUUUAGCUAGUCCAGUGACGGUUGGUGCGCCGACGCCUCAUCACACGCAGCUUUCUACCCCUAAACCACCAGCUGCUUCUCAAAUAACAGGAACGCCGUCCUCGUAUGAUGGCACCUCCCAAACAUCGACCCCAUACGCUCAUCAACCCCAGUCAGCAUCGCAAUACCCAUAUCAAACUCCCACUCCUCAGAAUCAAGCGCCCCUUACCGGCGUCGCGGCUGCUGUGCAGGUAUUAGGCGCCCACUCUAGUGCACCGGCGAUCCAUCAGCUUCUACAGCAAGCGCCCAAUGCGGACGUGACUCAACUAAGUGUCGUUCGUGACAUUCUGUGGCGACGACCAGAGGCAGCCUCGGAUUAUGAGUUGUUGAUGCGGGAGCUAUUCCAGGCCACCACCACUAAUGGGAACGGUGUGCCACAAUAG